AUGGCGUUGCUUUUCGGCGUCGACGUGCAGCAUCUCUCGCUGCUUGUCUCGCUGGCCUCGCUGGCGCUGACCUUUUGGUACUACACGAACAUGGUGCUGCUGACGCAGCACCUGCAAGAGGCGAACACGAUGAACGUGAUUUACGCGGACUACUCGUCGCCCAAGACCCUGGCGGCGCUGGAGUACAUUGAGGACUUCAUCGAGCGUUACGGGAUCGACGAGUAUCCGUUCGCCUUCCUGCAGCAGCGGAAGCAGGGCAGCGAGGAGGGCCGGCAGCUGGAUCGUGCGCGCCGCCACCUGACGCAGUGGUUCUCGCGCGUGGAGUACUUUUACCACUUUGGCUACUUGAAGCGCGAGGCGCUGCGCAAGUUCCCCGGCGCCGAGCGCGCCAAGUACUUCCUUGACCGCGUGGAGCCCCUCGAGUUCGUCAGCCGCAAAACCACCCGCCGCAAACACGCCGGGGUCUUUGACUUCCUCCGCGCGCUGUACCAUCUCAAGAAACACACCCUCCGUCCAGCCUUCGUCGAAAAAGUGAGCCAACUCCUCGACGCGGAGGAAUUGCGCCGCGGCGACCACGCUGGCUCCCGUCCCGGGGAGGCAGCGGCCGCGGAGCCGCGCGCGGCAGCCGGCGCCGCAGAGGCGCGCGGAGAGGGGAAGAGCGACGAAGGACAAGACGCCGUGCGAGGGGAGGCGGGCGCGAGCGAAGCGGGCGGGGGCCCAGACCGCGCGGCCGAGUCCCCGCAGGCGGAGGCCGUAAAGGGAGACACGGGCGACGCGGGGGGCGCCGUGGCGGCGGAGGCGGAGGCAAAGGCCGCGGAGCAGCGGCGGGCUGAGGGCCUCGGACUGCUGAGCGGAGAAGGCACGUCUGCGUUCGAGAACUCGACGCCGCGGAGGCGCUUCAACGCGUACGCGAUGGAAAGCACCGGCGCGGAGGGCGAAGAAGACGAAGAGGACGAUGACGACUCCGAGCCCGAGGCGCGCGGCGACACAGCAGAGGAAGACGACGAGGAGAGCGCCGAGGAUCUCAAGGGGGAGGCAGAAGAGGGAACAAAAGUGAAGCCGAAAGACGCAAAAGACGACAGAGGAGGACGUGCAGGCGCGGAGAGCCAGAAGGCUUCUGAGCGAGCGCCGGGCGGCGCGCCAGACGGGACAGACCAAAGGGGAGAAGAGUUGUAG